UCACACAGUCGAACAACACUUUUACACAUGACACCACAGAACACUAUCACACUACAAAGGCAUUAAUGUCUUUACAUUAUUUUAUAUUAUACUAUUGUGGCAACUUAAAACUACUUCGCUCAAGCAUCUAUAAGAUUACAAGAAUGUUUGUCCAAACCUUGCGCUUCAUCGAGUCUGAUAAACCGUAUCCGAAGACCAAAGUCGGAAAUUUCACAUUCAAGUUUUUACGGUUUUUUUAUCCGCCCUAUGGAAAAAACUUGCCGAUUGUAACCUUUGAUGUGGUUAUGCCAGAGCCUGAAAGUAUCGCCUUCAAAGUGGGUGCAGCAUGCUUAUCGAUCUUCGUUCUGCUCCUUCUGAGCUACAGGAUAUAUAGACGACUCCACGGGCAGGAAAAGCUGCCUGAGCAACCUCUAGAGCAGCCCCAACAAACGUCUGAAGACGAUAGAUCUGAUUGCAUUCCUGAAUAUAACAGCAGCGACUGGCUAACUGACUCCUCACUCUCCGAUUGCGAGGAGCGCAGGGUGACGAAAGUGAUCAAGAAAGUGAGAGUCCGCCUCGAAGAGGAAUCGACCACGGAUUCGGAACCGGCGAAUACUGUCAUCAUCGAUCACAGCAAGCCGAACGAGUAUAGCCAAGAGAUCAGGACCAGCCAUCAAGCUGGCGAGCGAAGUAAUCUAAUGAAUGUAAAAAUAGUUCUAGGGAAGCCCCCCAAGUACCCUAGGCAUUCUCAUAAAAAUAAAUAGAGAUGUGUGUUUUUUUUUUGUAUCCUUCGAGGCUCCAAAUAUCACGCAGUAAUACGCAUUAAACUCAUCCAAUUUUCAUUUGAAA